AUGGAUGGUGUCACAACAGCCACAGACGUCGAAUAUCAGGAAACAGACGAGACCAGCCCAACACAGGCCACAGCCCCACCACACAGUCCCACCACACAGCCCCACCACACAGCCCCACCCCACAGUCCCACCACACAGCCUCACCCCACAGCCCCACCACACAGUCCCACCACACAGCCCCAGCCCACAGCCACACCACACAGUCCCAGCCCACAGUCCCACCCCACAGUCCCACCACACAGCCCCACCACACAGUCCCACCCCACAGCCCCCCCACACAGCCCCACCCCACAGUCCCACCACACAGCCCCACCACACAGCCCCACCACACAGCCCCAGCCCACAGCCACACUACACAGCCCCAGGACACAGCCCCAGCCCACAGCCCUACCACACAGUCCCACCAAACAGCCACACCACACAGCCCCACCACACAGCCCCACCCCACAGCCACACAGUCCCACCACACAGCCCCACCACACAGUCCCACCCCACAGCCCCCCACACAGCCCCACCCCACAGUCCCACCACACAGCCCCACCACACAGCCCCAGCCCACAGCCCCACCACACAGUCCCAUCACACAGCCCCACCACACAGCCCCAGCCCACAGCCACACCACACAGCCCCACCACCACAGCCCCACCCCACAGUCCCACCCCACAGUCCCACCACACAGCUCACAGUCCCAGCCCACAGUCCCACCCCACAGUCCCAGCCCACAGCCACACCACACAGCCCCACCACACAGUCCCACCCCACAGCCCCAGCCCCAGCCCACAGCCCCACCACACAGCCCCACCCCACAGCCCCAGCCCACAGUCCCACCCCACAGUCCCACCCCACAGCCACACCACACAGCCCCACCACAGAGCCCCACCACACAGUCCCACCCCACAGCCCCACCCCAUAGCCCCACCACACAGUCCCACCCCACAGCCCCAGCCCCAGCCCACAGCCACACCACACAGUCCCACCCCACAGCCCCCCCACACAGCCCCACCCCACAGUCCCACCACACAGCCCCACCACACAGCCCCAGCCCACAGCCCCACCACACAGUCCCAUCACACAGCCCCACCACACAGCCCCAGCCCACAGCCACACCACACAGCCCCACCACCACAGCCCCACCCCACAGUCCCACCCCACAGUCCCACCACACAGCUCACAGUCCCAGCCCACAGUCCCACCCCACAGUCCCAGCCCACAGCCACACCACACAGCCCCACCACACAGUCCCACCCCACAGUCCCACCCCCAGCCCACAGCCCCACCACACAGCCCCACCCCACAGCCCCAGCCCACAGUCCCACCCCACAGUCCCACCCCACAGUCCCACCCCACAGCCCCAGCCCACAGCCACACCACACAGCCCCACCACAGAGCCCCACCACACAGUCCCACCCCACAGCCCCACCCCAUAGCCCCACCACACAGUCCCACCCCACAGCCCCAGCCCCAGCCCACAGCCACACCACACAGUCCCACCACACAGCCACACCACACAGUCCCACCACACAGCCCCACCACACAGUCCCACCCCACAGCCCCACCACACAGCCCCACCCCACAGCCCCACCCCACAGUCCCACCACACAGUCCCACCACACAGUCCCACCCCACAGCCCCACCCCACAGCCCCACCACACAGUCCCGUCCCACCCCACAGCCACACCACACAGCCCCACCACCAGAUCCCCAGCCCGACCACACAGCCCCACUACUUAA